AUGAAAUAUUCUAUUUUAAUCACUUUGGUUCUUUUAUUUACUACUGUUAACGCGAGAUUUAAUCGAGAACAUAAUAAUACAGAUCUUGACAAAUUACUGCAUUAUAAGACUGGUGAUGGCGAUGUUAAUGGAUUUUUUGGUGAUAUGCAAGGCUUGAUUAUAGAUUCUUUAUUGGCUGCAGCUCCUCCUUGUUCUGUGCAAAUUCAAUGUGACAAAAUUAUGGAUAUGAAACGUGAUCUUACUAAACUUGCCCAGUCUUUAAUACAAUCUGAAAAAAACACUCCGGAUAAGGGUCAAAGAUCUGUUAUUUGUACCAAAAAACCUAGGCAUCAUGAACUUGACGGAUUAUGUGCAAAACAAGACCCUGAGCACGGUCGUGGAAACAAAUUGCCACCAUUUGUGCCAGAAAAAUUUAGUACAAUCAGAGUAUUUGAUCUGAAACUCAAAGGAAAAAGAAUAACUCCUAAUUUAAAGGAAUUUCCAGAUAAACAUCAAAAGGCAAAGAAAUGUAAAACUAAAUAG